CACAGUAUUAAACCCCAAAAGACGAAUACAUAAAAACGAAAAAAAUUGAAAAAAAAAAGAAAAGGAAACACAGCAGCAGAAAACAUGCUGGCGAAGGAAUCGUCGAGGUUCGACCUUCCCGAGGAAUUGCUGGAGGUUUUGCCUCAGGAUCCAUUCGAGCAGCUCGAUGUAGCGCGCAAAAUCACCUCCAUUGCCCUCUCCACGCGCGUCGACUCGCUCGAAUCGGAGCUGUCGGAGCUCCGGCAGCACCUCGCCGACCGCGACAGCAUCAUCGCCGGCAUGGAGUCGCAGCUCCAGUCGCUCGACGCCUCCUUCGCCGAGGCUUCCGAGAAGCUCGCUGCUGCGCUGCAGGAGAAGGAGAGUUUGGUGAAGGAGAAUGAGCAGCUGAGCAACACUGUGAAGAAGCUGAACAGGGAUGUAACCAAGUUGGAAGCAUUCAGAAAGACGUUGAUGCGGUCUCUUCAAGACGAUGAGGAAAACCCUGCAAGUGGUCCUAAGGCUAAUCUGACAAAUCUGCCUAACAAUCUUGAGGAUGAUUCUGAUUUACCGCCUAACCAAACUGCUUCUGCUCAAAGCCAAAUCUCUGAUGCUGGAAUUUUGAAUUCUGUGGAUACUGAUGUUGAAGCCGUGAGGGCCCGUGUACCACAUAACUUCUUACUAGCAUCACAAAAUAGCACGCCUCGUCUCACACCUCCAGGUUCCCCUCCGAGUCUGUCUGCCUCUGGAUCUCCGUAUAGGACGCCCAAACCAUUGUCUCCAAGGAGACAGAGACACUCGAUUUCUGUUGCAUCAACAAGAGGUCUUUACGAUGAUAGGUCUUCUGUGUUUUCUUCUAUGCCUUCAAGCCAGUUCGGUUCAAUGUCAAGCAUGGAAUCGGGAUCACAACCAGGGAAAACACGUGUUGAUGGAAAAGAAUUCUUUCGCCAAGUCAGGUCUCGCCUAUCCUACGAGCAGUUCAGCGCAUUUCUUGCAAACGUGAAGGAACUUAACUCCCACAAGCAAACAAAGGAGGAAACAUUAGGGAAGGCGGAUGAAAUCUUCGGUCCUGAUAAUAAGGACCUCUACGCCAUCUUUGAGGGGCUAAUCACUCGUAACGUGCAGUGAAUAGAGCAAGCUUUUAAUUACGGGUUAAACCUUCAAGAUCUUAGCUCUUCACAAACAAUUUUAGAUUUUGCUUGUGUAAAUUAUGGUUGUAAAAUAAGUUAUUGUCGCAUACAUCCAUGGUAAAUGUUUGUCUUGCAGUUGAUUUGUAUCGAACCACAAUAUUUGUUUCUCAAUAUUUAAUAAAGAUCUGUCUUUUAGGUUUGGUA